CAAAGAUGGCGGAUGCACAAGUACGUUCGGGAAAACGGCGUGACCGAGAGGGCUUAUCAGAAACAGCCCACCAUCUUCCAGAAUAAGAAGCGUGUUCUGGUCGGAGAUGGUGCCAAGGAGGCCAAGGAAAAGCUCCCACGCUACCACAAAAGUGUGGGGCUGGGCUUCAAAACCCCAAGAGAGGCUAUUGACGGCACUUACAUAGACAAGAAAUGCCCCUUUACUGGAAAUGUCUCAAUUCGUGGCCGUAUCCUCUCUGGUGUGGUGACCAAAAUGAAGAUGCAGAGGACCAUCGUCAUCAGACGCGACUAUCUGCAUUACAUCCGCAAGUACAACCGCUUUGAGAAGAGGCACAAGAACAUCUCUGUCCACCUGUCCCCUUGCUUCAGAGACGUCUCUAUUGGAGACAUCGUCACUGUCGGGGAGUGCCGACCGCUCAGCAAGACCGUGAGGUUCAACGUCCUCAAAGUGACAAAGGCUGCUGGAGCCAAGAAGCAGUUCCAGAAGUUUUAGGUGUGACUGAUCAGAAAGGCUUCUGUUAGCCUACUUGUCCCACUGUCGAAUAAAAAAAAUCUUGUUUAAA